AUGCUGCAGGAAGGAUGCUGUAACAAGAGAUGCAGUAAAAGAAAUGCUGCAGAAAGGGGUGCUGUAAGAAGAGAUGCUGCAGGAAAGGGUGCUGUAAAAAGAGACGCAGUAAAAGAAAUGCUGCAGGAAGGGUUGCUAAAGGGGUGCUGUAAGAAGAGAUGCUGCAGGAAAGGGUGCUAUAAAAAGAGACGCAGUAAAAGAAAUGCUGCAGAAAGGGGUGCUGUAAGAAGAGAUGCUGCAGGAAAGGGGUGCUGUAAAAAGAGACGCAGUAAAAGAAAUGCUGCAAGAAGGGGUGCUGUAAAAAGAGAUGCAGUAAAAGAAAUGCUGCAGAAAGGGGUGCUAUGCAGUAAAAGAAAUGCUGCAGAAAGGGGUGCUGUAAGAAGAGAUGCUGCAGGAAAGGGGUGCUGUAAAAAGAGACGCAGUAAAAUAAAUGCUGCAGAAAGGGGUGCUGUAAGAAGAGAUGCUGCAGGAAAGGGUGCUGUAAAAAGAGAUGCUGCAGGAAAGGAUGCUGUAAAAAGAGACGCAGUAAAAGAAAUGCUGCAGAAAGGGGUGCUGUAA